AUGGCCCCUCAUUUAGCACCUCAUUCCCAGGCAACACCCCAUCGCAAAACGGAGCCUGCACCGAUAACGUCCUCUCCCUCUCCCGACUCCGAUACCCCCACCCACCACAACAUCUGCCGUGUCAGCAGCAUUGAACAACCCAUUCCUCUCGCCUUUGACCCAGGCUUCCUCCUUGCUUUUGUGUGCCAGACCCUGGAGGGAGAUGAGGAGUAG